AUGUUAAAACACAUUACUAUCGGCGUUUUAGCCAUUACUUUUGGGUUUCUGCACUACAAAUAUGUUUCCAACAUAUUUGAGAACUACCUCAAUUUCUCCCAUUUGUCGAAACUUGAGCGAGAGAUGGCACUGCGCACUGAAAUGGGCUUCUACUACUCUUAUUACAAAACCAUUGUGGAGACGCAGCCAUUUUUUGCUGGCAUAUCCAAACUCAUGUAUGAUAAGCUGGUUGAAUACCCAAAGGAAGUGAAUGCAUUUAAUAGAUUCAAUGUACACCCUGAGGUGAUAAUUGGUUCGGUGUAUCGGUACCUCGAGCCCAUCCUGAAUGACACAAGCAAACGCCAGUGCAUCAUAGUGGACAGGGGUGAGGGUCACGGCGUUGUCCAAAGCUGCACGGACAUGGGGGAACCGAUCAUGUUCUAUCUGGAGGUGGUGUGGUACCUCGCCGGGUUGACUGUGGGCGUGCUCUUCCUGCACGCCGUCACUUUGAGCAACAGCAUCACGGGCGGUGUCUUGUCCGUGCUCCACUACUUCGCCAACCACGCGGAGGCCACUAGGGUGCAAUGGGCGCCCAACGAGAGGGAGAACAUAGCCAUGCCCUUCCUUCUGCUGCAGACCUGGCUCCUAACCCUGCAGCUGAGGGACACGAAGAGGAAGUUCGCCUUCCAACUGCAGAUCUCCAUCUUCAUCCUGAACUGCCUCUGUCUGCUGUUCUGGCAGUUCGCCCAGUUCAUAUUCCUCACCCAGAUGGCGAUAUACUUCUUAAUGGAGCAGCUGUACAUAAUCGACGUGAAGUCCCUCUCGAUAUUCCUGCACUCGCACUUCUGCGGCCUCCACAUGGCGGUGCUCCUGCUUCAGGGGAACGACAUGCUGAAGGCGUCCCUCUACACCUCACUCUUCCUGGUCAUCUCCGCCUACUGCCUCUUCUUCAGCUCGCUGCGCGUCAAGGUCCGCAGCCGCCGGGACCUCUUGCUCGAGAUUUCCCUCAUCGGAGUGCGAAUGCUCCUCGUUCUCUGCCUCUCGCUGCUGCUGAAGAGGGCCAUCGGCGAGCUGCUCGCGGUCCAAGAGGACUCCCACGUGUGGGACAUCCUGUAUUCCAAGUUCACCGCGUACAGGACGUUCCACACGAUGAUAUACACCUGUUCGGACGUGUUCGACUUCAUGCCGUGGAGCACGGUGCGCUCGCUGUUCAGCUCGCUGCUGAUACCGGUCGCUGUGCUGAACACUUGCUCCUAUGUGAGCUCCGUGCUGGUCGAUGGGUGCAACCGUGCGGAGACGGGACCGCCUCCUUUAAGUGGCAACGCGAACGGCGAGGCUGCCGAGGCUCCCCACUCUGACCCGACAGAUCCCCGUGGUGACCCGACGGCUCCUCAUCCUGAGCCCACGGCUCCCCUCUUGGACCACACGGACCCCACAGCCACCCAGUUGGACUGCACGGCUCCCGAGUCGGACCCUAUAAAUCCCCAGUCGGACGCCACAACUCCCCAUUCGAAACCCGUAGAUCCCCAGUCGGAGCCCACAGCUCGCCAGUUGAACCUCAUAGAUCGCCAGUCGGACCCCGCAACACCCCAGUCGGACCCCGCAGCACCCCAGUCGGACCCCGCAGCACCCCAGUCGGACCCCGCGCCCCCGCCGGACGACCGCCUCGUGGCCUACUUGAAGUGCCUCGACCCGGACCCGGCGGUGGUCUACAACAUCGCCCAGAUGCUAGUCUUCGGGGCGAUGGCCCUGCUGGUGAUGCGUCUGAAACUGCUGCUCGUCACGCAGAUGUGCCUCAUAGCCUCGCUGGUGAUGAACAAGAACCACUUGUACCUGCCGAGCGUGAUGAACAAGUACCUGCCCAUCUUCUACAUAGUGUUUACUACGCCGACCCUCAAUGUGAUGCUGGGCAACAUCUCCGACGAGUACUUUUACAUGGGCGAGUUCAGCGACUACCCCCAGGAGGAGUUGCUGCAGUGGAUCGCCCGUGAAGCCGGCAGCGGCGCCUUCGCCGGUUCGAUGCCCAUCCUGGCCUCGGUGAUGCUCUCGACCAGGAAGCCCAUCGUGGUGCACCCUCACUACGAGCACCUCGCCACCAGGCAGCGAGCCUACGCCGUUUACAAGGUGUACGGCAGGUUUACUCCCGAGGAAUUGUACAGGGAGUUGAACAAGAUCGAGGCCACCUACUUGAUUGUGGAAAACAAGUACUGCUACGGACGGAGCAACAACAAUUGCUCCUUCGGCGCGAUAUGGGACGUGCAGUCGCCGAUGCUGUCGAAGCGGCCCCUGCUCUGCCACAUCCUUCUGACGGAGCACGUGGAACACUUCUAUCCGGUGUUCAGGAACGGCGAGUACGCUGUGUUCAUGGUGCACGACGUCAGCGUCAGAUACAUGCCGCGUAGCUUCGACACC